GUUUUGUGGAGUUAAUUCGUUUUGAGUUGAGGUUUGGAAUAAAAGUUUAGUUCUUCUAGUCUAUAUUUGAUUCAAAUUCAAUAAGAAAUAUUAUCAAUUAAAGUUUGUUGUCCAAUUUUCCUAAUAAAAUUUAACAAAAGAUAACAACGAUGUCAGGAUCAGUCAAGUGUCUUCAAGUCUUCGUUGCCCUGCUAUGCAUCGUACAAUUUGUCCUUGGAAUUGUCUUCCUGAUUCUGGGAGGCAUGGCGUAUAAGGAGUCGGGAGCGGGUUUGAAUGCACACUCGGCCGCCAUAUUUUUGUUGGCGGUUGGCUGUUUCAUCGUUUUGGUGGCCCUGUUUGGUCUGUGCGGCGCCAUCGCUAAGAACUCCUGCCUCUUGAUCGUCUUCUGCAUCUUCAUGUCGAUCAGUUUGGUUCUCAGCAUCAUUGUUCUCAUUAUUGGAUUUGCUUUGCCUGGUGCAGCUAUUGAGGCAGCCAGCCAGGCAUUCAAUGAGAGUAUGAAUAACUACAGUAAGGAUAAUGUCACCAAGAACAGUAUCGACAUUUUGCAGCUAAAUGCCCAGUGUUGCGGCUACAACGGCGUCGGCGACUGGGAAUUGAACUCGGACUUCAAAGACGGGAAAUUGCCUAUGAGCUGUUGCAGCAACUCUACCUUCACGGCUACUGAGUGUAGUAAGACGUCUGUGAAUAAGUACCACUCAAAGGGCUGCAAAGAAGUAAUUGAAGUUUUAUUGAAAGGCAUGCUCUAUGGCUUCGGCAUCAUCGCUACCAUAACUGCCAUUGCUUUGUUCCUUACGUUGUUACUGGCAUCGAUACUAACGAGCAAAAUAAGGAAGGAGUACAAUCCGGUUUAAAUCGCCUCUCAGUCAGUUGUUCGGUCGGUUUAGCGGUUGAUAAGAAUCGAUUGAUUUAACCGAUUGAAUGAUUGCUUGAUUGAUUAACUUGAUCGACAACUUAUUUACUUAUUACCAAAUUAAAUAAUGAUCCCCAAGGUAUCUUAUUUAUUUUAAUUAAUUAUUUGGUGAGUUAUUAUUAUUAUUAUUAUUAUCGCUACUAUUGACGAUGGUAAUGUUGCUCUUAUUGUUCUUAUUAUUGUUCUUAUUAUUGUAUUAUUAUUAUUAUUAAAAAUAUUAUUAUUACUAUUUAUUAUUAUUAUCAUUCUUAUAACCGAAAACGCGUUGGUCUGUUGAAGAUGAUGUUGUUGAUGAUGGCGAUGAUGAUAUUAAAAUAUUUGUGAUAUGAUAAUAUCAAAAUAAUAAUAAUAAAUGAUAAUGAAAAUGAUAAUGAGAACAUCUAUAAUAAUACUAAUAGUAAUGAUAAUAAUAGCUAACAAACAAAAUGCAGAGGAAGACGACGACUGUAAUGGGUUGUAAUAAUCGGCGCAAGAAUUAACUUUAUAUUAUU